AAAGGCUGCUCCUCGAAAACAAUACUUGAUCAAGACUGAUAUUGGUUCAUCAGUUUAGGAAAGGUAAGGGGACUUAAGAGGGAAUUUAUUCAAAGGAAACAUAGAAAUUAUCGCUUUCUUCAACGAUUUCAAGCGAAAUCACCGAGACCACCUCAUUUAUACGAAUUAGCCGGGUGCAAUUUUCCUUUUUAUCACUGCCAUGGUGGUCGUUAUAUAGCGGCGUAAUAUGUGACUAACAAAGUCUAUAGACUGUAAGAUUUUACGCCACUAUCUGAGUCGGUGCACAUACUGUAAGAUUUUAAGCCGUUAACUAAUGUUGUAACUACACCAGUAACUUACGGCGUAAUUUCUUCCAGUCGGUGAUACAUAUACGCUAGUAACUAACGGCUUAAUUUCUUCCAGUCAGUAUUAUAUAUACCCUUUACGGUGGCUAAUUUACGUUUUCAACUCAGUCGUUAACACUAAAUUACCUAGUAUUGUAUAUACUGUAAGAUUUUACGCCAGUAACAAGCGGCCUAAUUUCUUCUAUUUGGUGAUACAUAUACUGUAAGAUUUUACGCUAGUAACUAGCGGCCUAAUUUCUUCCUGUCGGUAAUGUAUUUAUGUGAGGGUGCGUUCCUUUGGGAGGAUUCGGAUUAGCAUUUGUGAUCCAAGAUCACACAGAUCACGGUGCAUGAAAGGAACGGAGUUUUAGGGUGCGUUCCUUUGGGAGUAUGCACGUAGGUUAUUGAGCUCUUCUCUGAAUGGCUCGUCUAACUGCACGGGCUUUUAGCGCCCACAAUGUGUCUAAUUAGCACUAUUCAUUAGAAGCACAUUUUUUUCAUGAUAAACUCAAACGAUAGAGUCAUCCUGGACAUAUAGUCAACUGCUUUACGGUAAAUACAUUCGCCGUUCGUCAUUUUACAGUCUACUUACAAUAUUUUGAAUUUUGUCCGGUAGAAUCCGAAGAAAUCUUUUUUAGUGUCACGCUUGGAUCUCUACAUACACUGUGUACAGCGGGGUCGGCGAAAAGGACAACGUUCGAAUUUUUUUCACUUUCGAGAAGCACUUGUGGAUUCUAAAUAAGAAAAAAAUAUUUUCCAAUAGAAAUUGGUUUUUGUCAAGGAGAAAUAUGAAAAAAUAUCAGACUUUCGGACGUUUAGUUAUUCGAAGACCGAGUCGGUAGUGUCCGAAGAAAAUUUUCUUAGUGUCACGCUUGGGUCUCUUCGCACUCUGUGUUCAGGGUCGGCGAAACGGACAACGUUCGAAUUUUUUUCACUUUCUAGAAGCGCUUGAGGAUUGUAAAUGAAGGUAGAAUAUUUCCGAAGGAAAAUUGGUAUAUUUCAAAGAGAAAUAUGGAGUUAUUGGAGGACUGUGUCCGGUCGUGUCAUUGAAGAGCUUUUAAGUGUCAGGCGCUUGGAUGGCUUUGUACUCUGUAUACAGGGUUGGCGAAAAACAUUAAGUUCGAAAUUUUGGCUGCCUGUAAGCGCUAGAGGAUUGUAAAUAAAGGAAGAAUAUUUUCGUAUAAAUAUAUUGGAUUUCGAAGAGAAAUAUGGAAAAAUAUCGGACUGCCGGACGUUUAAUUAUUUUAAGACCGUGUCCAGUCACCGGACGUUUAGUCACUUCAUUGCAGGAACGUCAGCGACACUGACAGUUUAUGUUACAAUUCUUAUUUGCUGCUUUGCAUGGACAACAACCUCGACCACUCUUUUGAGCGCAAGCUCCUCUCCACGGGCAGGAAACUUCAACUGACCCUUGGUCCUAUUUAACAAGGAUGGCAAACUUCAAUGAAAAAAAAAAAUGGAAGUAUGAAUUUAAACGUGGUGGAUCAACAUUUUCACCUUCCUCGGAAUACUCGCAAGGAUUUUCGUGUUCCUCUCUAGCAACAACUGAUCCAUAAGCACUUGCUGCCUCGGAAUUUACUAAAUCAGUGUAUUCAUCUGAUUCCAAACCGGAUUGAAACGAAUAGUACUGUUUUAAACAGAAUUACUUUGACAAGCUCACCGAACUCAUCGGAAAAAACGCAGGAGAUAUUUUGAGACAGCGUGACAAGGUUAAAAUAACUGACCAAUCAGAGGCGCUAUUUAAACAAAAGCGGUGGUUCAAAACAAAAACAAACGACCGCGUUGCAUCAAGGUUGGAAAUGGGCCUUUAAGUACGAAUUAUGUACACCACACCAGAAAAUUUCGUUAAAAAUGGUUAAUAGUGAAAAAGUCUUCGGUGCGCCUCGUACUACAGGAAGUAACGUUUUUGUAAAAGUACAGCUGGUCUGAUUCAUGCCUUAGACACAAAUAUACUGUAAGAUUUAACGCCAGUAACUAACGGCGUAAUUUCUUCCAGUCAUAAAUAUAUACACAGUUAGAUAGUCAUAAAUAUAUACACAGUAAGAUUUUACGCCCGUAACUAACGGCGUAAUUUCUUCCAGUCGGUAAUGUUUUAUGUAAGAUUUUUCACCAGUAACUAGCAGUGUAAUUUCUUCCAGUCUGUAAUGUAUAUAGUGUAAGAUUUUAAGCCAGUAACCAACGGCGUAAUUUCUUCCAGGCAACAACGCAUAUACUGUAAGAUUGUACGCCAGUGACUAACGGCGUAAUUUCGUCCAGUCGAUAAUGUCUAUAUGUAAGAUUUUACACCCAGUAACUAACGGCGUAAUUUCUUCUAGUCGGUAAUGUAUAUAUGUAAGCCAAUAGGGAUAGCGGAAUCGAUAUUCCUGAAGCAUAGAUACCCACGAUUAAAUAGCACAACAGCCGAUUUAUGAGGACCUAAGAGGGACCGGAAUAAUAACGAGGAUCGAAAUGCACCAAUAACAGCGUACCAACGUGCAACAAAUAGCGACACGUAAACAAUCGACCUCAUUGCCUGAUGAAGACUAGCAGUAUUGCAGUCUGAACGUCGCGAUCAACAUCAAAAGUGACUCUAUGGUGAGAGAAACGAACAAAGUUCAUCUCCUAUAUAAACUGUGUUAGCCACAUAUUACGCAGUUACGUUUAUUCCCAUCACGUAUCAGACGGUAUAAAUUCUCAGUCUGCAUUUUGUACCCGGUCUGCAUUCUGAAUUUUGUACCAAGUCUGCAUUUUGUACCCGGUCUGCAUUCUGAAUUUUGUACCUAGUCUGCAUUUCGUACCCGGUCUGCAGUCUGCAUUUUGUAUUGACCAGAUUGGUACUGAUGUUUUUCCUCGAGCGAGUCUCAAGUCCGAACCGAAAUAUUAGGGCUCGACUGAAAAAAUUUUUGGUAAGACUAUCUUGGCCGCUAUGAUUGAUGUGUGGACAUGUAUGUUGAAGAGCUCCCGAGGAAAAGCACAAUGAUAGAGCUAUGAUAACUAUAUACCAACUGGAGACGAACGCAAAUGCUUGGCUUAACAAUAUGGCUGUCUCUGAUACCCUUCCACGUGGUCACAGCGAGUGUUGAAAUGAACCCGCUAAGGGUCCCCUAGGUGUGAACAUUUCGGCUUCUCGAUUCAAGUUGCAUCUUUAGAAGUUCGGAAAUGUGAUUUGAGUUUAUCAUUUGUAUUAAACUAUACAAACAUUUUAUUUCUUUCCACGUGACUUUCUGAGCUUCAUCGGGGUUAAUUUUGACCUUUACUAAGUGGGGAGGGGUAUGGUGCGAGACUACUUCCGUUCACGGUCCACAAUGCAACUUCCGUGAACAUCUGCUUUACCACAAUACCUCAUGUAUUGCUUUCAGCGUGAAUGAGCGAGGAAAUUAGCUCUAUUAAAGACUUGAAAUUUACAUAUUAAUGAAGCAGCAUAGGAUAUGUAUGUUUGGACUCAUGUUAACCCAAAAGGUUGGCGGUAAAUAGGUUUGCAAUUAUGUUUUCUAACUUUGAAAUGUGUUUAACUGAGUGGAAAUCAUGCGUGGAUAUAACAUAUAAUGAGGUGUCUCAGCUUAUCACUUUUUGUGCAGUGAUAUUUUGUUUUGGAUAUAUUUUGGUGGUGUUGAGGUACCGGUAUCUAGAGCUCUGCCAUGCCUCCUCAUUCACUGCACUGUUGUGAGUGUAUUUGGAGGGGGUCCUUCAACUACCAUAUUUCCACAACAGUCCCAUUCCUUUUUCGCAAAGGAGGUCUUCCUUGGGAAGAUACUAUUUCAAUUUUCCUUUUUGGGCAGUGUCAACAUAUAUAUAUGGGCUAUUUUUUUGUGGAACUUAAAGCCAUAGGGGCUUAAAAGUGGUAUGAAAUUUUCCUUUAUGAAUAAGGGACCAAAUUUAAUUUAUUACCUUGGGGAGGAGGGAAGGGGGGUUAGAAGAUUUUGGCUUUUGUUGUUAUAAAAUUUAGCUGAUUGCCCCAUAAAGUAAUAGUCCCCCACCCUUCAAUGGUAAGUUUAUAGCAGUCAAUUUUCCUUUAUACCCUAUUAGGGAUGCCUGAUCACUGCACCUUUCCUCCUGAAAAUCCUCCACCCCUCCCCAGGAAAUAAACAAUGUUUGACAGUUUAGUUUAUCUUUGGGGAAGAGGGCUAAGAACUUGGAGUUAAGGGUAGUUUGGUAUUCCUAUGCAAUGUUUAUGGUAACAAGAAUAAAUGAUAACUCGUAGGAGAUUAACCUUUUAACCCAGGAGUGACCAGCAUCUAUUUUCUCCUUACAAAUACCACCCAUUAAGGUCAUGAGAGCAAAGAAAAUGAUCAACAAAUUAACAAGCUCUUUAUUAUUAAACAAAUUCUCUUUGUCAGCAUCUUAAGAAAUGUAUGGAUGACAGUAUGGAGAAUAUGCACACUGAUGUUAGGGUGUUAAGGGCUAAAUCAGAAAUUCGAGAAAUUCAAGAAUAUCUCUGCAAAGGUCAGGUCCACUGCUAACUCCGUGCUUCUCUUGAUGAAGGAUUUGGGUUGGGGCUGAAGAGGAGAUAAAAGACUGACUUAGGCCUUGCUGCGCUAGCGAAAAAGUUGUUAAUUUAGACAAAUUCCUGUCAUCACCAACAUGUUACAUGUGCGACUUGACCAAUUUUGGCUGAGGUGGACAGAUUUUCAAAUGCAUGGCUGAAAAUUUUUGUCUUAGAUAAAAACUGGACGAAAGCAAUAAAUAAGCAAGACUGUGAAAAACUUUCUAAACUUGCCCUGCUUCUCUUUACUCCUUCAGAACCUCAGAAACACGUCAUUUGAUGUCAGUACCAAAUGUUUGGAAAACAUGCAACAUGAGAUCAAAAAUGGUGUUCCUUAACCCUUUUACUCUCAAGAUCUUAUGAGUAAUCUCUCUUACUGUCUACCAUACUAUUUUUAUGAUGUUAGUUCAGAGAACUUGGUGUUGGAUCAAUUAAUAAUCCUCUUAUAGUAAUGAUAAUAUUAUUUUUCUACAUUCUCAUCCCUUGACAAUGUCUGCUUGCUUUUGUAGUGAUAUUGUAAGGAUAAAUUCUGUCUUGGUCACUCACGGGAGCUAAAGGUAAAAAAACCUGUUGGGGGGUUUACCCCUAGUUUUCCAGCCAAGGUUUUAAUAACAAGAAGCUCCUAGUCUCCAAGUCUCAUUUGGAUUGCAUAAUAUUUGAACUAUUUAUUAUAGAAAGUGAGCAGCAUGAUUUCUCUCUCCACUUGACAGUCACUAUAUGGUCAGUCGAUCAUGGCGAGAUGGAAGCUGAUGCUGCUGCCUUUGGUUGUUUCCCUGUAUGCUAUACUGACGACAGUUGAAAGACAUUUAAAGUGCAAUUUGCCUUCGAUUGCUAAUUUGCUGGUUAGUUAAAGUUUCCAAUUCUGACUUUACAACAGUAUUCUUUUGUUUUAUGUUCUCUUUUAUAACCCGACAUCAUUUCAUCUGUCCUUCUUUUUACUUUCGCUUUUUCAUCCCAUCGUUCUCUUCCAAAUGCUUUCUUUUCUCUUUAAAGACCUAAUUCCACCCAUUUUUCCACUUUUUCAGUGUCAAGCUUAUGAAGCAGGGGAAAUCUCUGGACCUUUAUGCCCCGAUCUUUGUGAACAGAAAAAUAUCCAAUUUGGAAAUUGCCUUACAGAGGCGAUGGAAGAUAAAGUUUAUGAAGGCCAGUGGCAUGGAAGAGACGUCAUUUUUAAGGCAAAUCUUCGAUGGUAUACGGACUUCAAUACAUUUCAGAAACAAACAGACGAAGAUGUUGUUCUAAGUUUUCAAGAUAAUGUUUCUUUCUUAGUGGAAACUUUGUUUGGUGAUUGUCCUCAAUGCAACAGGCUUGUGUCGCUGUUUCUAUCCCUUGGUGAUAGCGACAAUGAUGGUAUUGUGACAGCCCCCGAAGUACGGUCGUUGGUGCCAUUAUUGCGCCAGCAAGAACCAUUUAUGUUGAUUGCAUUAAAUAACAGCAAACAGACUGCUGAUUUCCAUGGAUAUUGUGGUGGUCUGUAUGCGACUGAAAAGCUGCCUCUCAUUGUCUCAGAUGUUUUUGGUACACAGUGGAAUUUCGAUGAUUUUAACAUUGUGCCCGAUACAUUUGAACCCUUUCAAGAAAUGGUGAAAAACCUUAUUGCAAAGAUUUUCGACGCAGCCAUUUCUAUCCCGUAUUUUUCUAAAAUUGUUGUGAAUAUACCAACUAUUACAUUGAAUGGUAUUUUAGAUGCCUUUUUCGACUUACGGAUGCCCAAUCGAAAAAAACAGUUCGAGUAUUUCCACUCACUGCUAGACUCUGUAAUGGAUCUGUCCAGUAACCCUUAUGGCAUGUUACAGUCUUGUGACAUGCACCUCGGGAAUUUUGGAAUCGCCAAUAAUUCAGUGGUAAAGGUGAUUGAUUUUGACGCGGUCUUUCCUGUUCAUUAUCUUAGACAUGUCUUGGAGCAAAAGGAAUGUGUUUCUGAUGCUGAUUGCUGGUUUGGCACCAAAGAUGAUUGCCAGUCGUCGUGUGACACUGCUACCAAGAAAUGUACGUCAAGAAUGCAGAAACAAGAUUUGAUCCAUAUCUGUGAGACUCACAUUCCCUUUGUUCUUAAAAGGCCCUGUAACCAGGAGUUUUCGAAAAACAACUCCAUCUGCUCUAAGAAAGUUGUAAGAAAAUUCGAGUUGUUUUGCAAAAGGUUGAGAGUGGUUGACUCACUUGAUCAGCUAAGAAACGAUGUUCUAGCGGUGAAAAAGGAACUCACCCAUUUGGAGAAGGAUUUAUCCAAUAUGUGCUGA